AUGGUCGAGCUGGUUUAUGGCUUGGAGCAGAGGAAGAAAAUUGCAGCAGUGCCUUUGUCAAAUGACGUCAUCCACUCUAGAAUUGCUGACAUUACUUCUAAUAUUCUGAAGCAAGUAAUGGAAGAAUUGGCAGCUACGCCAUUUCCGUUCAGCAUGCAACUGGAUGAAACUACUGACGUCUCUCAGUGCAGCCAGCUCCUGGUUUUCGUCCGUUAUAUGCAUGCUGAUGCUAUCAAAGAAGAAUUCCUAUUUUGUGAGUCCCGUUUGGAAACUACAAAGGCCAUCGACAUCUUAGAAAUGGUGAAUAGUUUCUUUGCCAAGCAAAACUUCGACUGGAAGAAAAAUCUUGGUACUCUGUGCACAGACGGAGCACCUGCGAUGCUUGGCAACACAUCUGGUUUUGCUGCUUUGGUGAAGAAAGAAGCUCCUCAGGUCAUCGUGACCCAUUGUUUUCUACAUCGGCAUGCAUUGGCGUCAAAGACUCUGCCAGCAAUUCUGAAAGAAGUAUUGUCUACUGGCGUGAAAGUCGUCAACUUCAUCAGAGCCAGGGCUGUGAACCAUCGCGUUUUCAAGAGGUUUUGUCAAGAAAUGGGAGCAGAAUAUGAAGUUCUUCUCUACCACACAGAAGUUCGCUGGCUUUCCAGAGGACAAAUCUUGAAGCGCUUGAUUGAACUUCGAGCAGAAGUUUCACUUUUUUUGAAAGAAAAAGAAAGCCCACUCUCACAACAGUUUGACAGUGAGGAGUUCAUUCAUGGCUUGGCCUACUUGGCAGAUAUUUUUGGCCAUAUGAAUGAGGUGAAUCUUGCGAUUCAAGGCCCUGGAGUCACAUUUUUGGAUGCUGCUGAAAGACUGCAAGCUUUUCUGGCCAAGCUGCCACUGUGGAAGAGGAGGUUGGAGGCAGACAACUAUGCAAACUUUCCAAUGUUAGAGGAAGUGCUUCUGCAGGAUGGAAUCGAGAGUGACAAGGCCCUGUCAAUUUCUCUGCAGGCAGAAUUCUGCAGACAUCUGGAUACUCUGCAGAACUAUUUCAAAGGUUUCUUCUGCUCAAGGUUUCCUUAA